AUGGCUGCUGUUGCAGUUGCAGUGGAUUCAAUUAGCAAUGUCGCUCAUCAGCCUGAUUCAGUAGCACAACACAACAGAAACUUGGAGAAUGCUUUAAAUUUUUUCUCACAUUUGGACCCGACUACAUCCUUGAGAGGAAAUGUGAAGCUUCAUCUGGCUGUGGAUGAGAUCACUCGGCACUCCAUGGGUGUUGGACUUAAUCCGAGACAGAUUACAACUUUGGUCAACGUAAUACUUGACUCCAGUAGCAAACUAUCACAGGCCAUCCGCACCAAGUUUAUCAAAUGUUUGAUUCCGUCCAGCAAAGUUCCGCAGGAAGCUGUAGUUCAAGUGCUGGCGCACAUCAGUUCCAGAAUAUUUACCAGCCCAGGGCCUUCCAAUCUACAUAGCUGGCUUCUACGCUGGGUCCUGCUCGUUUUUGAUCACAUUGAUGGCUACGAUCAGCUGCACAAGCUGUACAGUGUUGUGUUUUGUUUCCUCAACUCACAUCGUCUGUUGCCACACGCCUGCCACCUGCUGUUUCUGCUGACCACCAAGCGUGACAUCAGGUUGUUCCGAGUUCACAAGCUGUUGGAGAUCAUAAAAUCUGUUGGCCCAGAACCCUACAUCAUGGGUUUGCUGAUGAUCUACAAGGUUUACUCCCCUCACUUGGUCUCCAUGAAGCUGGAAUUCAACCACAAGGUAUUUUUCAAAGCUCAUGAUGCCACAUGGAGAUCCACAAUAGAAACAAUUGUCAAACAGAGGGAGGUCACAGAUGAUGUCGACACAAGAUGCAAAGUCAGCGAGAUACAGAAUCGACGAGAGAAAGCUAGAAUACAACCGCGCUCCAAACGACAGAAGCUGAUGAUCCCAGAGUCUCACACUGCUGCCCAUGAGAUAGAAGAUAAGUCUGGUGAAACAUCCGAGUCUUUGAUAGAUGCCACAAAUACCAUCCCCUACACACAGAUUGAGUCGUUCACCGGCUUCCUUGAGGCCAUUGACAAGGUUGAGUUCCCGAGCCAAGUAGCGGCAUGCCUGGGUGACACUCGACUCCAGCUGCUGCUUACCUGUAAUCCUGACCCCUUGUUGAUGGCUCGUCUCUGCUUCUGGAUACAACACAUAUUUGUCUUUGGUUUCAAGAGAACAGAGAAGGGAUGUGUGGAGAGGAAUGAGAAACUGUUGCAUAUGUUGUUCACAUUUUCCAAAAAUGUCCAGGGGUUGCCUGUUUUGUUUGGCUUUCUGGAAAGUUGGUUGCCAACCUGGGAUGGCCAGUCGUAUGCUCCCUUAAUAUUCUCACUGAUUUCCUGUUUGAGGCCAUCCUCGUAUAAUGAACUGCACUCUUCCAUCCUGGAACCUCUCCAGAGGAUCUUCUUCUCCUCAGAUGUGUACUCGAAGACCAUGUGUAUUGCUGCCCUAACGAAACUCAUUGAGAAUCUGACACGUGAUGAGCGAUUGAAACCAGCAUGCAUACCAGCCAAGGCAGUAGCAGCAGAAGGCAGCCUGUCACAGACUCAAGGCUUAUCCGGUGGAGAUGCUGGUGACAUGAACCGGCAGGAGUCAGGACAGGCUACAGCUUCUGAAUGUGACGAGAAUGUGGCAGACAUGGUGUGCCGGCUGAUCAACUUUCUGGACGUUGUUAUUGUCACAGGCAUGAGGGCAGAGGACGACCAUUAUUUGCUGCAGGCAUCCAGCUUGGACCUGUUGCAGUUGAUUUCUGAGAUGUGCCUCAAAUACAAUGUACCUCUUGUGUGUCUGCCCAUGCGUUUAAUUCACCGCUUGUUGCUGUCAGACUGUUGUGCAACCUUGGCCAGACUUUGCGGUAUAAUAAAUACGUUCCGGGAGGCAUUUGUGUUGCUGAAGUCAAGUAGCCGGAAACAUGGAGUCUCUUUGGCCUGCACUACAACUUGUGACUUUCCCAGCAAAUCGGUCAACAACAGCACGGAGAAGUUCAACGCCCUCUUGCUGGAUGUGCUGGGCAUGCUGUGGCAAGGUCGCCUGUUCUCUGACCGAAAGGACAAAUAUGAAUCCAUCUUCAGAGUGCAGCUGCCCUCAUGCCUGGAAGGAAAACUAAAUGACAGUGCUCUAACUGUCUACAGAGGUCCAGCAUUUCUAGGACUGGCCUACACAUUUCUCAAAGAGACUCAGCGAGAAGGGAAACAAGUGCAUCCUUUACAAAUUGAGGAUUUUAAAGAAACCUACCUGCUGUUCCUGCAGCGGGAGAAUUUCCCAGAAUUCAUGCAGCUGGUCAACACAAACAUUAAACGACGGAAGAAAUAA